AUGGAUAUGUUUCUGAUCAUCACGAUCCAAAGACGGCACCAGGCUGGGCCCGAUGAUCUGCGCAACGGACAGUACGGCAACUUGGCCGUCUCCGUCAACCAUCUCCCCUCGGACUCCGCCCUCAACAACCCGCCUCCUCCUCCUACCCCACUGGAUGGCCCCAUCUUCGACAAGUCCCCCACGGCCGAAGAUGUGCUGCAGCUGAUUGCCGAGUCGCAGCGGGCUACCCACCAGAUCCAGCGUCUUAACGCCCAGGGUGUUGACACCUUUUCCACCAGCCACCUACUGCCCCAACCCGAGGCCGUCGGCACCAGUAAAGGUCCCGUCAUUUUUCAUUGCUCUGCGGACGUUGGAAGUAUCCAGAAGACAAAGCAAACGAAGAUCAAGCUUGGCCCAACAAAGAUCGGCCUGUUUGAGCAGCCCAAGCGCGACACCACCCUCCUCCAGGACCUCAGCAUGAUGGACUUCAGCUUGAUCGUGGCCCUCCCCAAUGCGGCUCGCGGAAACAAAGAGGGGCUUUGGGAUGAUCAGCUGCUCGUCCUCCACGUCCGGCUCACCUUGGCCUCAUGCGUCGCCUCCUUCACCGUCCCGGCCGCCAUCUCCAGUGUCGGCCUCACAGGCGUAGCCUCCGGAGGCGUCGGCGGGAAUGAUUGGGUUGUGAUCUGCGCACAUAGUGCUAGCGCAGAGUCAGUGGAAUUACGCAAUGGGCAGAACACUUUGAGAUGA